UAUGGUUUUGUGGACGAUGAAGGACGUCACAGCCCGCGUUUCGGUACCUUUGAUAACGUCCCCCCCCCCACCACACUGUGGUACUGGAUUUGGGUUUUAAGCCCACAGUCCGUAAGGGAUGUUUCGGUCCCAGCCCAUCGCCAAACUCGUAUGUCUGCAUUUAAGGGGAGCUGCGCGAACAUUCGGACACGAAGCGCCUGAGGCAUCGACUGGGACUUUAUCUAAGAUUGGAAUCGGAGAGGAGGUUACGCGACCGCGCAGCAUGAAGACGUCCGACGUGCUCGUGAAGGCGCUGGAGAAUGAGAAUAUUGAGUACAUAUUUGGAAUACCAGGAGAGGAGAAUCUGGAUUUUCUUGACUCGUUGCGAGGUUCGAGUAUAAAGCUGGUGGUGACGCGCCAUGAGCAGGCUGCAGGAUUCAUGGCUGCCACAGUGGGCCGCCUCACUGGAAAGGCUGGCUGUUGCUUGUCUACUCUUGGCCCAGGUGCUACCAAUUUUGCUACAGCAGCUGCAUAUGCUCAGCUAGCUGGGUUCCCCAUGAUGAUGAUCACUGGGCAGAAGCCGAUUCGGAAGAGUAAGCAGGGCUCCUUUCAGAUUGUGGACAUUGUGGAAUGCAUGCGUCCGAUGACGAAGUUUGCUAAACAAAUCGUGGACGGAGACUUGGUGCCUUCAUUAGUGAGGGAGGCUGUUCGAGUCGCAGAAGAAGAGCGACCUGGCGCUGUGCACUUGGAGUUACCUGAAGAUAUUGCAGGAACAGACACGGAUGCACAUCCAUUUCCUGUUUAUCCAGUCAGACGGCCGAUUGCUGAAGAUAAAGCAAUCAACAAAGCCAUUGAAAUGAUCCACAAUGCUUCCCAUCCUCUCCUCUUGAUUGGAGCAGGUGCUAAUCGCAAAUUAACACAGAAAAUGCUUAGGGAGUUUGUAGAUCAGGUGCACAUACCUUUUGUGACGACUCAAAUGGGCAAGGGUGUUGUGUCUGAUGACCACCCGUUGUAUUUAGGGUGCUGUGCACUAUCAGCGAAGGACUAUGUGCACGUGUGCAUUGAGAAAGCUGAUUUGAUUAUCAAUGUUGGCCAUGACGUGGUUGAGAAGCCUCCUUUCUUGAUGAAAUUUGGUGAACCUCCUCUAGUUAUCCACGUCAAUUUCUACAGCGCAAAAGUGGACAACGUCUACUUUCCGCAGUUGGAAGUGGUGGGCGACAUAGCGAAUACAAUCUGGAAAUUCAAGGAGCGCCUGAAGAAUCAACCUUGUUGGGACACUUCUUUCAUGUUGGAUGUGAAAAAAGAAUUCGAGGCACACAUGUUGAAGGGUGUUGAUGACCCUCGUUUCCCACUUGUACCGCAGCGAGUAGUGGCAGAUUUGCGAAAACAAGUCCCUCAUGAUGGCAUCGUGUGCUUGGACAAUGGUAUGUACAAGAUCUGGUUUGCUCGGUGUUAUAAGGCAUAUGAGCGGAAUACGUUGCUUUUAGACAACGCUCUUGCAAGUAUGGGUGCUGGACUUCCAUCAGCAAUGGCAGCGGCGAUCCUUCACCCAGAGAAGAAGAUUGUUGCUGUUUGUGGUGACGGUGGAUUCAUGAUGAAUUCACAAGAGCUGGAAACAUGCGUUCGAUUGAAACUGAAUUUGACAGUCUUGAUCCUAAACGACAAUGCUUACGGCAUGAUUAAGUGGAAGCAAAACCUCGUCGGAUUUGAGAAGUUUGGUUUGAACCUCGGAAAUCCAGAUUUUGUCGCAUACGCAAACAGCUAUGGCGCAAAGGGAUACCGAGUGACAAGUGCUGACGAGUAUUCCAAAAUACUACAUGAGUGCUUGCAUGGCAACCACGAGGGUGUGAAAGUUGUUGAGGUGCCUGUGGACUACACAUGGGCAAAUGAAAUACUAGACCAUGAGUUGCCCAAGUUGAUCCAGAAACGUAAAUCGCAAGAAGCUUCUCAAACGGGGAUUUCAAAGGCUCUUGCAAGCGCAUCUCCCAAUGCUGUCUGAAUGAUGUGGGCUGUGGCUCAGUUGAAGAUAUUUUAGCGUUUAGGAUUCGGUGGUUUCAGAUGCAUUCAGAAGCAGGUGCUAGAAAUGGUGUUUGAAUAAGAGAAACAAUUAGUUGUACUAUAUAGUGAGUUCUCAUACAUCAGUUGUAAUGAUCGAUAGACUUGAGGAUUAUUAUACUUUGUUCAUAUAGAUCGCCGACGACUCCUCGGGUUGAAGAGAACGUUGUGUGUCCUCGAACACAAACAAAAACUCUAUUAGUUUAUAAACCAUAAGAUGAUUUUAUCUUCCCUAGAAUUUUUUAAAAGAAUUAUUAAGAUGUUUGUAAAUUUUUUCGAAA